AUGGAUCCCAAGGCCCUGACCAUCCUCAGCUGCUCUCUUCUUCUCUUCGUUGUCCUGGGCAACUGUCAGGAGAAUAGGACUUCUCAGGCCCAGGGGAAGAAGUUCUCCAGAGCUCCAGAGACCGAGGAGGUGAAAACUUUUAAAAACCCAGGCCGAAAGCCCUCACAGGUGUCUAUGAAAGCCGCAAAGGUGAAGCCUCAAGCGAAGGCCACGGCCGCCACUCCCUCCCCAGGGCCCCAGGCCCCCAGCAUCCUGGUGCAGGUGGUGGGAAGAGGCCGCUUCCUGAAGUUGACUGACACCCUGGUGCUGCCAGCUGGGGCCAGCCUGGAGCUGCGCUGCAGAGGGAGGUCUGCCCGCUGGAGGUUCCCCGUAUCCCUGGAGGAGGAGGGAGCAGGGCGGCUCAGAAACCUGAAUCUGCUGACCCUGACUCCAGCCCUCCCGGGCUCUCACCUGCUCCGUUUCAGGAUCAAGCACUUCAGCCGGUUCAGCCAGCUAUUGGUGGUAAACUCCACUGCGUCGGACACAGGCGAGUACAGCUGCUGGUCCCUCCAGUGCCCCAACAGUGAGUGCCGGAAUGGAGAGGACAGGAUAGGCACAACCUUCGUCUUUUUCACAGACCCCCAGGAGCUCUUCGUGCCCACCGAGGAUUACUACGAGGUGGUACAGCUGCGGGCCAACCAGCCCAUCCUGCUCCCCUGUCAGGUGACCAGCCCUCUGGCCAAGGUGACACUGCACCGGGAGUUCCCCCUGGAGGAGAUUCUGGUGGACGGGGUGGACAUCUCAUUCGACCCGAAGAAGGGUUUCACCAUCCACCGACCCCGAGCUUCCUACGCCGGGUCCCUGUUCUGCAUGGCCAGCCUCGAAGACGUGCGACAGAUCUCCACCAAGUACAUGCUCAUCUACGUCAACUACCCAUCUUCUCCCCCAAAGUCUUCCAUCAAGUCAUCUGGGGCAUCCGUCCAGGUGGGAGAAAACUUCAACGUGACUUGUAUGGUCCUGGGUGAACCAGAGAUUGCCGUGGACUUCACCUGGGAAUACCCAGGACAGCAGAUUGGCCGCCCGCCCUAUGUCCGAGAGCGCACGGUUCUAGUUCGCCGCGUCGGGCAGGUGCAGCUGGAGUCGGAGAGCGUCUUGUAUGUGGAUGAGGCCCGGGUGGUGGACGAUGGGCUCUACUCCUGCAGGACCGAGAACCACCAGGGCAGCACCACCGCUUCCACCCGCAUCCGUGUGCUCCCAGCACCCCCAGCAGCCCGGCCUGCUUCCCGGGGAUAGGUCACGGGGCCUGGCCAGGCAGAGGUUGGAUGUGGUUCUUCCCACAGAUUCCCUCCCUUCGGUGAAGGUUCCUGCGUAAGGUGCCUGAUGGACAUGGCUUAGUCACAAGUAAAAGUUCUGUGUAUUUUGCACAUGUGUGGGGGGGACAUACCUGCAUGUAUGAGUGCCUUUGUGCUAGGACAGAGUCUAGUUUCUGCUUUUCUAUUAAUAAUUAUGCAUUUUGACUUCCCAGUGUUCUUAGUUCAGUAAUCCCAUUUUGCAGGGUGGAAACCAAUUCCUGCGCUCCCUUCUACAUAGACUGUGAGCCCCGUGUGGGACCUGAUGAUCUUGUAUCUAA